AUGCAAUUGUCUUGAACUCGAUCCAGUAGUAGUACUAUCCCCAACACCCACUCUUAUUUGUGUUCUUGUGCGCAUCUCUCUCUGAUUUCCCUCUCUCUAUAUUAAUUAUCUUCUUCAAAGCACCCCUCUCCAUAGCUUGUGAAGUUGUGAUCUCUGACAAUUCUGUAGAUAUACCGAUUUCAUUCCCAUUGUCUCCCUAGAGUUCCUGUUUAAUUUGCAUCUUUAACGCUUCUUUCAUUCACAUUGUUGUCGUAUAACGUACGUACUGCAAUCAUCAACAUGUCUAGCAGAAGGUCUCGGACGAGGCAACCGGGUUGCUCAAGGAUCUCUGAUGACCAGAUCAAUGAUCUUGUUUCCAAGUUGCAACAGCUUCUUCCUGAGAUUCGUGACAGGCGCUCUGACAAGGUUUCAGCUGCGAAUGUGUUACAGGAGACAUGCAACUACAUCAGAAGCUUGCAUAAAGAGGUUGAUGGCCUGAGUGAGAGAUUAUCAGAGCUAUUGGCAAGUACUGACACUGCCCAAGCUGCAAUUAUUAGGAGUUUACUCGUGCACAAGUAGUAGUAGUAAUCAUGAUAUGGAUGAUCAGUAGAGCAAAUUAAUAUUUACGGAUAAAUUAUUAGUCAGCAGUACAUCGAUCUUCAUAAUAAAUUUGUAGUACAACGUACGUACGAGUAGCCGCCUAAAAUAAUAUUGUAGCAUCCAGUUGAAUGCAUGCGAAU